UGUACAUAAUUUAAUCCACAUGAAGAUAAUAUUCAUGUCAGUGUGUCUUCUACAGAUUAUUAAUUUAAAUCAAUAAAACUUGGAUGUUAUCAGAAUGGGUAAAGAUAAAAAUGCUCCAAGAACUAAGGGAAACCAGAAGCCUUCCAGUAGUGUGCGUUCUGCUGAGCUUCUUGGAGGCUUGAAGAGCAACGGUGCAUUUCUGGGGUUUGGUGCUGCUGGAGGCUUCUCUUCAGUUUCUGAUGGACAUCGUGAAUCUGAUCUCACCAUUACAGAUGGCUUCAGGCUUGCCUUCAGGAAGAUGGCUAAAAAAGAUUCCAUCACAAAAGUUAAAGCUCUCCAAGAAUUUGAGGAACUAAUAAAAACAGAAGAGUUGAGCUCAGCAGAAACUGCCCUGCCAUUUUGGCCUCGUCUGUAUUGCAAACUUUCCCUGGACACUGAGAAAAAAGUACGAGAAUGUGCUCAGAUAUGCCAUGGACACCUGGCCAUCAAGGUGGGCAAGUCAAUGGCUCCACACCUCAAGAGUGUUGUGCCCACUUGGCUGCUUGCCAUGAAUGAUCCUUACUCUGCCGCUGCUGUGGCAGCUAACAGAGCUUUCAAGGAGGUGUUUGCUGAGGACAAACGGCCUGGGGUAUUGUUUCUGUGCAGCAAAGAAAUAUUUGAUUUCAUCCUAGACAAUCUCUUCCAACAAACUGCUGACAGUCUCUCCGAUCCCAAAGCUAGCACUUCCGUGGAACGUGAAGAGAAAUACAUUCGCGUGUUGUGCUGCAGUUUGGAAAGCAUUGCUCUAGUGCAGCGCCUCACCAAACACCACACAAGUUUUGCCACUCAGAUGCUGCCGGUGCUGUCCACCCUCCUGCACAAGGAAAAUUUCUGGAAACUACACAAGCAUCCAAACCUCAAGGUGCGGUGCAGUUUCUUCGAGUGCGUGUGCGAGGUGACCAGGAGCGGCGGGUGCGACGUGCGCGCCGCGAGUCUGGCGGUCCGCGCUGGACUCAGUGACGCCGACGCUGCUGUUGUGCCGCACGCAUACGCUGCCCUGCUCCAGCUUGCUGACACUCACAAGGAAUGUUGGGAGGAGCUUGGUGACAGCAGCCGCAAGCCUCUGAGCGAGCGCCUGCUUCGCCUCCUACAGGAGAAGUGCAGGGGCGUCGCUGCAGAAGUGCUGCCUCUGCUUCUGCCUCUCCUGGCAGUCAUGCCUCGCACCGCACUAGCUCAGCCUCAGUCUUUCUACAUGAAGUUGUUGAAGCAGAUCUAUGGCUUGAUAGAGCGCAGUGAGGAACUGCAGAGCAGACAGGAAGCGACAGUCGCGGUCAAGACGCUCUUCGAGUGCGUGCGCCUGUUCAGUAAAGAUUCUGAACUUGAAGAGGGCUUCUGGCAGCAAGUUAUGACUGAGCUGCUAGGCAGCGCUAUGCUGCUUUCCUUGAACUCCGGCAAGCAGCUCGACAGCGAGGUUGUUUACGAAGAACUGGUCUCGUUGUCGAAUUUCUGGGCACGAAACCAAUUGGACCAGACCGUUCUGGACGCUCUUUGGAACACUUGCUUCCAUCACUGCCUUGGUGUAUUGACAAUCAAGCAACCUUUGCAACUAAGGCAGAUCUUGCUGCUAUUGCAGACAAUACGCAACCCACAGCGUCAUACAAAGUCCAAGAAAAGUGGUGUCAAGUUUAGGGAGUGUAAAGUUAUUGACGAAAGUUCGAACAAAAUUGUUCAAGAGAAGUCGGGUGUUCAAGCAAGUUCCCAGGAAGAAGGCUCUCCAAAGGAUACUGAUAAACAUUCCGAAAUGAAAGACCAAGAAAAUGAUUUACGGACUAUUACCGUAAUUCCUAACCCCUCCGAUGCUGAUUUAUUUAAAAAUCAGGAGAAUAACGAAAGUUCUCCGCUUCGCAGAAAACAGUCUAUGGGGGCAAGCUCUAAAGAAAUGUUCAUAUCUCAGUUCAUCAACAGCUCUGAGGUUAUAAGGGAACUUGUCACAUUAAGCUGCCGCUUAUACAAUCAAGAAAACGAGGAUUUAAGCAGCAAACUUUCACUGCUGAACAUCUUCGUUGAGUUGGUCUCUAUUUUCCGAGACGUUCGUCCUUACGAUCAAGUUCUUCCCGAAGAUGGUGCCGGCUCUUGUUGUCAUUUCCUGAUGGAUGUGUUGGUUCCUCUGCUCGGGUAUCCUGACUAUGCCGCUCAGCAGCUGCUCACCAGACUGCUCCAUGAACUUCUGCUCACGCUCAGCGAUGAGCAGCAAACUCAAGUGCUCGCUGUCGUGCUCAAAGGCUCUACUGUUGAGGCGACGCGUGCUCUGCUGGAGCACAUCUCAGUUUACCAUCACCCGCCAUCACCACCUCUCACGGAGUGGCUGUCAUCAGCCCCUCUUGGAGCGAAGCUCGUGUCGCUGCUCAAGGAAGCUUUAGCAAUCAACUUCGCCUUGGCAUACGAGCAACAAGAGAUGCAAAUAGAGGAACAGCAACUCAGACGCAAAAAAGGCAAAAAGGAUAACACUGGUCGCAGAAGCAAUGAUAAUAUUGAUGAAGAAGAAAGAGGGAGCAAUGAUGACGGAGAAGCCAUGGUGAACGCCAAGACCCAGCGCGGACACCUCAUUGCAUUGUUCCAAUUGGUCCUGUCUUCUCAAGUCACGGCGGCUGACAAGACUUUAACUGCUGCUCGUCGCCUGGAGUUCAGCGCGAACUACGUGUCUCAGGUGCUGAUGGUACUUUACUCGUCGCUGCCCAGCGAGCUACACAUCGACAACCACCAAGACACGGCACAGAGCAUCGUCAGCAACGUCGAGCUCGUCGUGCAGCUCGCCAGCACCGUCUUCAGCUGUAGCUCCUGCUGGCUCCUGCCUCACUCCACGGACUUGCUGCUCGCUCUUUUCUUGCUCCUCUGCCCUGUCGAUGUUUUGCUCGCUCAGCCAGAAGCAGACAAAGAUAACGACGAGUCAACUGACGUCCUAGUCGGAAGCAUUUUACCUGAGAAACUCAUCACGCGAUUGCGAUUAGUAGCCUUCGGUGCCUUUGAACAGCUUGCUUUGACAGCGGUGUCUAUUUCUGGUACUGAGAACGUGAACAUUAAGGACGAACUGGACGUGUUCCUCAAGAAUCUGUUAGGGCAUAUCAAGACAUCGCUCUACAAUCCCGACUGCAGCUACAGAGGAACUUCUCACUUGGCCACCCUCACCAGCGAGUGCCUGUUGAUUGUAUCAUCCGCGGCCGCGGACCAGGACUGUGAUAUUCCUCUGGACCAGCAGCAAGUGAGAGACGCACUCACGAUUCUUCUGCCCUCCGAGGGUGACUUGGUCGAGUGGGAGACGCAAAUGAGCCACGAUUACCUCGUGCCUACCGCACUCGUUGGUUCCUGCAGCUUCCGCAAAUGUGAACUCCCUACAACACUCCAGAAGACGAUAGGUGGCGACAGCUACUGCCGCACGGCCGUGUUCUUGGGCUCCGUGCUACUCAAGCUCUGCGGCGACGCCAAACAAAAGCACGAUGACGACACAGCGCCUAGUGACGGAGUGCCUGCUGAAGACGCGGCCCUGGGGGAGGUCGAGCAGCUCCUCCUUGAGCUUGAGGGUGAAAAAUCACCAGUGGCUUGUGAGCAACAAGCCCACGCUGGUGACGAGGAAGAACAGGUUUCCCUGGGUCCGUUCUGCCGUCUGGCGUGCGUGUGCGUGCACGCUGCCUGCUACCUGGACACCGUCGUCGCCCUGCACGACGCCCUCAACCUCCGUCACGUCCCUGCCGCCCUUCGCGCCACCGCCGCCGCUCUCAACGUCAACACCAACGCCCUCUUGCGGCGGCUGAACACAGGCAACGUGCAGCAGAUAAGUCAGAUCGUGCGCGACAUGGCGGGUGAGAGCGACACUGGUCUGUGGAGUGUCACACUACGCCGCUUCAUGGCACUCUGGCACCACCGCGUCAACGCGUCCAAACUCCUGCACACGCUCAGUGCCACGGCAUUCAAUGCCACUGCUGUCAAACAGGUGUUGCUCCAGUUCGUGCCGGCAUCAGAGCUACUACCGCUCCUUGAUACGGAGGUGGUCAACCUGCAGUCGCUGAGUGAAGACCCGUUCAGUGGGGCGGACGUCCUCGCCGUGAUAGGUGGUGCGCUGCUGCGCUGCCCUGCAAACCACUCACGCCACCAUGUGCAAGCUGUUAUGGACGUCUUGCUGCAGUGGUGGAAAGAAUCGCCCACGAUUUUCCUGUUCGCACAGGACGUGGACUGCAUCACGACGCGUGAUGAGGACAUCAGUGUGGUGGUGAAGGUGGUGCGUGUGGUGAGGAUUGUGGUGCAGCGGCACGCUCGUCACUUGACACCACUUCACUGGGAGCGGCUAUUGUGUGCCCUCACGUCCUGGGUGCAAUCAAUGGGCGACUCCACUCGGCAGAGCGUAGAGAGAAGCAGCUCGUUAAUGUCGCUGCUGUGCUGCGUCGCUGAAUGCGUCGCCGCCGUCGAGGCCGUCAUGACCGCCCUGGACACCGCCAGUCCUGCCGAGCGCAGCGAGUUCCCUGAGAAGCUGCAAGAGGAAUGGGAGGAGUUCUUCAGCAGCUUCCUGCACUCCGUCCUGCUGCCGCUACACUGUCACCUUGCCGACCGCUACUGCAGUCCUGAGCGGCGCAGCGUGCUGCUCUACUGCACGUGUCGAGCCCUGAGUGAGUACGCUGCUGCUGUCCCGCUGAGGGAGCUGUCACGGCACGCCCUGCCUCCCCUCCAUCAUCCCAAGGACGAUGAACGAACUCUCAAGCUUCCUGACAACCUACAAGUGCUGCUGAACCAUCUGUGCGCGGGACUCGUGUCAUGCCACCCUGUGGUGAGCGGCACCAGUCAUGCUCUUCUGGUGCGAUGCUUGCCGUCUGUCAUGCAGCAGCUCAACUCAACUGCCGCCCCUAAAAUCUCAGAGAAAGAAGGUGCACUGACGGAAGAGCUUGCAUUGCCUAACGUGCUCAUCCGACUCAUCGUUCAGUGUGGGAGCAUAGUGUCGGCGGUGUUGGAAGAUCGGCCAGUGUUGGGGGAGCGAGUUGUGGUGCUCCCACACACGGACUCCCACAGCUACGUCCUCGCCUACUGCCUGGCAUGGCACGCGUGCUUUACUGCUCUCCUCGCAUGUCCUGACGACGUCAGGCCUCUCUACGCCUCCGAGUUAAAGAAUGGCGACCUGCUGCCGCUGCUGCUGACGAUGCUGGUGAAGUUGAUGCCCCCGCAGCAUCACUUCCCUCGCAGAUGUCGUCUCGCUUCACGCGACCCUCCGCCGUCCAUGCUCACCACCUCGCUGGACCUACUUAACCCUCAAGAGUGCGGCACGAGUUACGUAGUGUGGUGGGUGGCGUGUCAGCUCUACCGCCAGAGUCUGUCGCUCUUCCCCUACUGGGCACGGACCUGGUACCACGCGCAGUCCAAGAAGAACUCCGAGACCAUCAACGUGUUCACAACGCAGCAUUUAUCGCCGCUGAUCAUCGCGGAAGAGUUGGCUGCCAUUCGAGAGUUCAAGAGCGCUGACGAUAUUGUAACGGUGCGUGUUCGGUCUCAGCGAGAAGUGGUCGCCGUGUACCGCAUCGAUGAGUCAGACUUGGAGCUCACACUCCAGCUGCCUCCCAACCUCCCCCUCGCUCCCGCCUCCAUGGUCCACUCCGAACACUCCGGUGUCUCCUCAAAGCUCUGGGAAGGCUGGAAAAGUGGGCUGAAGACGGUGUUGUCGUACCGCAACAGCCCCCUGAUCGCCUCACUCAAGGUCUGGAAGCAAAAUCUUGACCAGAAAUACCAAGGCGUGGAGCCGUGCUACAUUUGCUACUGUAUCAUGCAGAACACAAGCCACACGCUGCCGGGCUCCCAGUGCCGCACCUGCAAGAAGAAGUUCCACUCCGCUUGUCUGUACCAAUGGUUCCUAUCGAGCCCGCAGUCAAGCUGCCCGCUGUGUCGGUCGGUUUGGUAGACACGCCGCAGUCCUGAGAUGCCACAACGUCUGCAAACGCAAGGCGAACUGUUCCUUGCAUUUCGAGCGAACGGUCUUAGCUUUUUAUUUACUGGUGUUCAAGUUAUCUUAUUUCAAUAGAUCAUUUUUGUAACAUGCAGACGUCCUACAUUGUCAUAUGUUGUUGCUUCAUCUUGUUUUCUGUCGAUAAUAGCGAUAUAUUAGGGUUAUAUAGCCCGGUCUGAACCUGUAUUUCAAUAUGGGAAUUACGUGUCUAUUACUCGUUAAAUAAGACGUCAUUGCUUGAAUUUUUCCAACGAGUCACAUCAUUUAAUGUGAAAAUCAUUUUUUAUAAAGUCAUACACAAAUUCAAGUUUGUUAGUAUUGAACACUUUUUAAAACUAACUUCACUAGAUUGGUGAUCCAGUAUUUUGUGAGGGUUAAUUUACCUUCAGCUUGUUUCUUAAUCACUAAUUGAAGAAUACUAUUUAAACAGUGAUGAAAUAAAAAAAAACUACCGUAACGUAACCGUCAGUAUUUCAGCACUUAUACCAGGUCAGCUUGGAGAGUGAGCAUUCAAAUAUACAUGGCGUUUUCGACGUAAAGCUAUCAAUCAAACGAGAUGUUUUGAAUCGAUUGCUCGAUUGAGUCCGUAUUUGACAUUUAGGAGCCAACAGCCAGUCAUUUGUGACGAUAUUUCUGCUUGAAAAGUACUCGCCUGGAAUUGUACGUGGGUUUAAUCUUGUUCAUUGUUUCCAUUGAUACGUUUAUAAACGGAGUAUAAAUUUCCUAUAAUAUG